AUGAAUCCAAUUAACGAUCGCAAGUCGGAAUAUUGGAAACACUUGAAGUUGCGCACUGGUGAGGGCGAGAACUCGUUCAAGGUGGUCGCAUCAGAUAAGAGGUACAUCUGGUACAACCCCGAUCCAAAGGAGCGCGAUUCCUACGAGUGUGGCGAGAUCCUCCGUGAGACUGCCGACUCUUUCGUCUUCAAGACCACCGCAGGCGAGGAGCGUACCGUCAAGAAGGAUGAUGCCAACCAACGUAAUCCAGUCAAAUUCGACGGUGUCGAGGACAUGUCCGAGCUAUCCUACCUCAACGAGCCAGCAGUAUUCCACAACAUGCGUGUCAGAUACAAUCAAGACCUAAUCUACACGUACUCUGGACUGUUCUUGGUAGUUGUCAAUCCAUUCAAGAGGAUACCAAUCUACACUUCUGAGAUGGUUGACCUCUACAAGGGACGUAGAAGAAACGAGGUUGCACCUCACAUCUACGCUCUAUCUGAUGGUGCCUAUCGUGCCAUGUUGGAGAAUCAUCAGAACCAAUCACUCCUCAUCACCGGAGAGUCUGGUGCUGGAAAGACUGAGAACACAAAGAAGGUCAUCCAGUAUUUAGCAGCAGUUGCAGGACGUACUGCUGGUGGAACGUUGGAGCAACAGAUUCUCCAGGCCAAUCCAAUCUUGGAGGCGUUUGGAAAUGCAAAGACAACUCGUAACAACAACUCAUCUCGUUUUGGAAAGUUCAUCGAGAUUCAGUUCAACACGGGCGGCUUCAUUUGUGGCGCGUCCAUCCAGUCCUACCUGCUGGAGAAGUCGCGUGUGGUGUUCCAGUCGGAAGCCGAGCGCAACUUCCACAUCUUCUACCAGUUACUGGCUGGCGCCAGCAGCGACGAGAAGAAGCAACUGUUCCUCACCGGCCCCGAGACUUACCACUACGUCAACCAAUCUGGUUGCAUCGACAUCAAGGGCGUAAGCGAUGUCGAGGAGUACAAGGCCACCCGUAGCGCCAUGUCCAUCAUGGGUUUCACGGGCGAGGAGCAGAUGUCCAUCCUCAAGGUGGUCUCGGCCAUCUUGCACCUGGGCAACGUGAAGUUUGAGCGCGGCACUGGUGAGGGCGCGCUGCUCAAGGACAAGAGCCAGCUCAACGCCGUCGGCACCUUGCUACAGGUCAACCCAGCCACUCUCGAGAAGGCCCUGAUCGAGCCGCGCAUCCUUGCCGGUCGCGACCUGGUCGCCCAGCAUCUCAGCCCGGAGAAGGCCGGCAACUCGCGUGACGCCCUUGUCAAGGCGCUUUACGGCCGUCUGUUCCUCUGGCUCGUGAAGAAGAUCAACCAGGUGCUGUGCCAGGAGCGCAAGGCCUACUUCAUCGGCGUGCUCGAUAUCUCUGGUUUUGAAAUCUUCAAGGUCAACUCGUUCGAGCAGCUGUGCAUCAACUACACGAACGAGAAGCUGCAGCAGUUCUUCAACCACCACAUGUUCAAGCUCGAGCAGGAGGAGUACAUGCGCGAGAAGAUCAACUGGACCUUCAUCGACUUUGGUCUCGACUCGCAGGCCACGAUCGACCUGAUCGACGGCCGCCAGCCACCCGGCAUUUUGGCGCUGCUGGACGAGCAGUCGGUGUUCCCCAACGCCACCGACGCCACCAUGAUCAGCAAGUUCCACUCGCACUUCUCCAAGAAACACCCCAAGUACGAGGAGCCCCGUUUCUCCAAGACCGAGUUUGGCGUGACCCAUUACGCCGGCCAGGUCAUGUACGAGGUGGAGGACUGGCUCGAGAAGAACAAGGACCCAUUGCAGCAGGACCUCGAGCUGUGCUUCCGCGAAGCCGGCGACGCGUUGGUGGGCAAGUUGUUCAACGACCCCACGAUCGCCUCGCGCGCCAAGAAGGGCGCCAACUUCAUCACUGUGGCCGCGCAGUACAAGGAGCAGUUGGCCUCGUUGAUGGCCACGCUCGAGACAACCAACCCUCACUUUGUUCGUUGCAUCAUCCCCAAUAACAAGCAGUUGCCCGCCAAGCUCGAGGACCAGGUGGUGUUGGAGCAACUUCGCUGCAACGGUGUGCUCGAGGGCAUCCGUAUCACGCGUAAGGGUUUCCCCAACCGUAUCAUCUACUCGGACUUUGUGCGCCGCUACUACCUCCUCGCGCCCAGCGUGCCACGUGAUGCCGAGGACACGCACAAGGCCACAGGCGCCAUCCUCAAGCACCUCAAGAUCGACGAGGAGCAGUUCCGCUUCGGUCUGACCAAGAUCUUCUUCCGCGCUGGUGUCCUCGCCCGCAUUGAAGAGGCCCGUGAGCAGCGUAUCUCUGAGAUCAUCAAGUCGAUCCAGGCUGCCGCACGCGGCUGGCUUGCGCGCAAGGCCUACCGUCAGGCACGCGAGCAUUCAAUCAGCGCCCGCAUCAUCCAGCAGAACCUGCGCGCAUUCCUCGAGUUCAAGAACUGGCCAUGGUGGAAGCUGUUCAGCAAGGCACGUCCAUUGCUCAAGCGAAGGAACUUUGAGAACGAGAUCAAGCAGAAGGAGAAGGAGAUUGGCGAGCUCAAGUCGUCACUCUCUGACACCUCAUCCGCCAAGGAGCGCAUCGAGAAGACUUUGCGCGACUCGGAGGCGAGCAUCCAGGACCUGCAGCGCCAGCUCAAGAGCGAGAAGGAGGCACUCAAGGCCCUGUACGACAGCAAGGAUGGAAUUGAGCAAGAGCGUCGCAAGUUGGAGUCGAGCAUCGAGGACCUUGAGAUGGCACUUGAUGAGCAGAAGGCUGCCGUGGACACCCUGCAAGCCCAGAAGAAGAUGGCUGAGGACAAGGUGCGCGACCUCGAGGACGAGUUGGCCGAGGAGCAGAAGCUUCGCCAGGGACUCGAGAAGUUGAAGAAGAAGUACGAGGAGGAGGUCGACGAGUUGAAGCGUCUGAACGAGGGCCACCAGGACACCAUUGGCAGACUCGAGAAGAUCAAGAACGAGCUCAAGCAAGAGGUGGACGAGCUCACCGACCAGUUCUCGUCCGAGUCCAAGGACAAGGGUACCCUGGAGAAGGCACGCGUCCGUCUCCAAGGCCAGAUCGACGAGCUCCAAGCCCGUCUUGACGCCGAGUCCAAGGACAAGGACGACCUCUUGCGUCAGAAGAAGAAGUUGGAGGACGAGUUGGCCAACGUGACCCAGCAGCUCGCCCAGGCCGCCUCGGCCCUUGCCGCCCAAGAAGGCGCCAACAAGAAAUUGUCCACCGACUACGCCGACCUCAACGACAAGUUUGCCAACGAGUCCGCCCAACGCAGCAGCCUUGAGAAGGCCAAGAAGGCACUUGAGGGCCAGUUGCAAAACGUUGGCAACGAGCUCGAGGAGGAGAAGAAGCACCGCGACUCGCUGGACAAGAAGAAGAAGGCACUCGAGUCCAUGCUCGACGAGAUGAAGGAUCAGCUCGAGUCGACUGGAGGCGAGAAAAAGUCGCUUUACGACCUCAAGCUCAAGCAGGAGCACGACCUUGAGUCACUUAGGAACCAGAUCUCAGACCUCCAAUCCACCAUCUCCAAGCUCGAGAAGAUCAAGAUCACGCUAGAGGGCGAGGUGUCCCGUCUGGCCGGCGAGCUCGACAGCGAGCAGCAGGCCCGCGCCAACUCUGACAAGGCACGCAAGAAGCUUGAAGCCGACCUGGAGGAGGCUAAGGGCUACCUGACCCAGGAGCAAGGCCACAAGAACAACUUGGACAAGAACCGCAAGAAGUUGGAGCAGGACUUGGCCGACUUGCAGCAUCAGUUGGCCGAGGCACUUAGCAACAAGUCGAGCUCGGACUCUGCCAGCAAGCAGUUGGAAGGCGCACUGGGCAACCUCAAGGUCGAGCUCGACCAGGAGGCCAAGGCCCGCCACGCCGCCGAAAAGAAGCGCCAAGCAUUGGAGUCUGAGAUCAAGUUCAUCGGCGAGCAGCUCGACGAGGAGAAGAAGCUGCGCGAGUCAAGCGAUCGUCGCAAGGCUGAGUUGGAGGAGGAGGUCCUCGAACUGAAGGAGGCCAUCGAUGAGGAGUUCGCCGCCAAGAAGGGUGUGUCCGAGGCCAAGACCAAGAAGGAGCUUGAACUCGACGAGUUGAAGCGUCAGUUCUCCGACGUUGUGUCAUCCCGCGACAAGGCCGUCGAGCAUCUCAAGGCUCUGCAAUCCAAGAAUGACGAGUUCAAGAACGCCACCGACGAAGCCGAGGGCAACCUGGACCGUGCCGAGCGUGCCAAGAAGAAGGCAGAGUACGACCUUGAGGAGGCCAAGAAGCAGGCCGAGGACGAGGCCGCCAAGCGUGCCAAGUUGGAGAAGGCCCUCAAGAAGGCCGAAUUGGACGCCCGCCAGGCACGCGCCGACGCCGACGACCAAAAGGCACUCAUGUCUGAUCAGUACGUGCAACUCAAGCGUCUCAACGAGGAGCUGGGCGAAAUGCGCUCAAUCCUCGAGGAGGCUGACGACCGAUCAAACAGCGCGGCCAAGUCGCGCAAGUCCGUCGAGACCCAGCUCGAGAAGCUCAAGGACGAUCUGAACAGCUCAAACAUUGCCCACUCCAAGGCCGAGAAGCGCGCCAAGGAUGCCGAGCAGCGCGUCCAGGAACUCGAGGACAUCCUCGAGGACAAGACUGGUCUCGUCAACGUCGAGCAGAUCAAGAAGAAGGACGCCGAGAUCGAGGAGCUGCGAGUCCGUCUGGAGCGCGAGACCGAGACUCGCCACAAGUCAGACGAGGACAAGAAGAACGCCCGCAAGCAGUUUGCCGACCUCGAGGCCCAGGUCGAGGAAGCCGAGCGCAACGCACUCAACGUCGACCGCCAAAAGAAGAAGUUGGAGAGUGACCUCAUCGACCUGAAGACCGCCCUCGACACCGAGGCCAAGGCUCGCGCCAAGGCCGAGAAGGGCAAGAAGAAGCUCGAGCAGACCCUGGCUGACAAGCGCGCUAACGAAGAAGGCAGCUCCAAGGCCGCCGACGAGGCCCUGCGCAAGCAGAUCUGGGGUGAGGUCGACGAGCUCCGCGCCCAACUGGACGCCGAACGCUCCGCACUCAACGCAUCCGAGAAGAAGAACAAGUCGCUGCAGGCUGAGAUUGAUGAGAUCCGCGAGCUGCACGAGGACGAGAUGCUCAGCAAGGACAAGCAUGUCAAGGCUAAGCGCACCCUAGAGGUCGAGCUGGAGGAGAUCCGUGCCGCCCUCGAGGAGGAGGAGGAGGCUCGCGCCGAGAUUGAGGAGGUCAAGCGUCGCAAGGACCUCGAGCUUGAGGAGAUCCGCAAGAAGUAUGAGACCGAGCUGGAGACCGCCACCCAGGCCGAGGACGCACGCAAAAAGUUGUCCGAGGAGGUCGAGGAGCUCAGGAAGCUGUACGAGGAGGAGAAGAAGGGCCGCAACGAGUCGGAGCGCACACGCAAGCGCCUCGAGUCUGAGAACGAGGACUACGUCGCACGCCUGGACGCCGAGGUCAAGAACAGAUCUCGUCUUGAGAAGGACAGAAAGAAGUAUGAGAAGGACUUGCGCGACACCAAGGGCAAGCUGAGCGACGAGGCCGCCACCAAGACCCAGACCGAGAUUGGCGCAGCCCGUCUCGAGGAAAUCAUCGACGACUUCAAGGCCAAGCUCGAGUCUGCCGACUCCGCCCGUGCACAACUUGAGAAGACCAAGAAGGCCCUGGAGGGCCAGAUCGACGACCUGCGCGCCCAAGUAGAUGACGAGGGCAAGGUCAAGAUGAGACUAGAGAAGGAGAAGCGUGCACUUGAGGGCGAGCUGGAGGACUUGCGUGAGCAAGUCGAUGACGCCGAGGAGAGCAGGUCCGAAGCCGAGACAUCCAAGCGUCUCCUCGACCUGGAUCUGGAGGAGGCCCGUCGCUGCUUGCAGCGCGAGACCGACGCCAAGGAUAUCGCCGAGGACGCCAAGAACAACCUGCAGCGCGAGCUCAUUGAGGUGAAGGGCCGCCUCGAGGAGGAGGUCAUUGCCCGCACCAACGCCGAUCGCUCCAGGAAGCGUCUGGACUCAGAGAUCGACGCGCUCACCGCCCAGGUCGACUCGGAGCAGAAGGCCAAGAACAAGGCACUCAAGGACGUCAAGAAGAUUGAAAACGACCUCAAGGAGAUCAAGAAGAAGUAUGGCGAGAUCGAGAAGACCAAGUCCAAGGACACGCUCACCGCCGAGAAACUCGAGUCUGAUCUGCGCCGCUCAAAGAAGGAGCACUCGGACGAGCAGCAGACCCGUCUGUCGCUCGAGACCGAGAACCGCAAGUUGCAAUCCGAGAUCAUCAUCCUCAAGGACUCGAUCGAGAAGGCACAAAAGGAUCACGAGAAGACUAAGAGAGAGCUGGAGUCCGAGGUCCAAGGCAAGCAAGACAUGCAAAAGCGUAUGGGAGAGUUCUUCCAAGGACUCAGAGUCUAG